GUUGGAGAUCAACUUGAGCUGUGCGCGUUUCUGUUAGCCAGCAGUGCCUUGUCCUGGACGCCAUCCUCUUUUCUCUUCCCCCGUGGUCUCAAUCUCCGUGUUUCUCCUUUAACAAGUAGGGUGUACUCCCUCAACUGCUAUUCGUCAUGAGCGUCCUUGUACCCACCAAAUUUCCCAGCGUCGCUGCUGUCAUGCUUGCCUGCAUUGCAUCUCUCUUUUGCCUGCUUCUUGCGCGCAUAAUUUAUGGCUUUAUGCGCUUCUGGUCUUGUCCUACUAUCUCAACGGCAUCGGACGUGAAGACCUCUGCUUGGGCGUCUUUGUCGUCGCUACCCAACACGUGGAGUCAGUCUCUGCAGCGUGCUCUCCCAGCACCACUACCCUUUUCGUUCACCAUCCCAGAGAAACCAUCGCCUGAAGUCGGCGCAGGAGCUGGCGUAGGACUUUCACCUGAACGAGUCGGAUCUCUCCCUGGCAACUGGCAAUUGCGUCGACCAGGUCGUCAAUUCCAGCCACCACCACCAGUAGUGUACCAAAAUCCGGCACCUCUCUCCAUGGCAAAGCUCAUCAUGUCACGACACACCUUCCGCCGCCCAAAUCCAAACCGGCCACGUAGAUUGUCUACCGCAUCUUCAUCCCGUCCUCCACAGCCGACCUCCCAGCUGUUCCACUCAAUAGCAUAAACACAUAAUAAUUCAUUCCCGCGCCAAAAUAACUCCGCAUUUUAGGGUGGGUAUGGGCUACCCGGCCGGAAAUAGCUUAUACCCUCACCCACGCUAAUCACGAACGAAUCUCAAGAUUCUCAACGGACUGGUCGCUCAUGGUUCAUGAGCCCUGAUGAUAUACUACGGAAUCUAC